CUCCCUCAGCCAAGGCACAGCCCAAGGCACAUGCCAUGCCGUGCUAUGCCUGUUUCGAUUCCCGGACUAACACAUGCACGCUCAUGCACAUGCAAGCGCACCUGGCUGGGCAGCGAGAAAUGCACCACCCCAUACUAUGUAAUUGUUAUGUCACAGGCAGGCGCUUGAAUCUUCAUGUGAGCGACGUGACUGUUGCAGUGCCGUAGUGUUGUAUGCGCGCAGGGCGGGCCCAAUUUCAGGGCAUCUGCAAGGUACCCGUAGCUGAAAAACAAGCGUGCUUUUGUAAGGCAGUUUAUUAGAGUUGGCAGUUGGGGAAUGGAGAAAAACGGUGAGUGAGUAAUAA